GUCAUUGAGUUGUCAUUCUCACCUGGGUUGUUUCGAUCUGAAAGUGCUGUGAAUUUUUUUAUUUUUAGAUUGUUUUAACGUUAUAAUUGCUUUUGCAAUUCUUAAUUGACGCUAAACAUAUCUACACAAUUGACAAAAUAGGUUCAAAAUGUCGGUGAUGGAAUUCUUAAAAGACCUACCGUCCUACGACGAGCAUAACUUUACGUUAUUCAAUACGGACCACGGUAUUAGAAACUGUUCUAAGAGGCCUUCAAUAUACCUACCUACAAAAGAUAUACCUUCUGAACAAAUAAUUGUAACAGAAAAAACAAACAUAUUAUUAAGAUAUCUCCACCAGCAAUGGGAGAAAAAGAACAACAACACAUCUCCAAAGAAAAGGGAUCAAAGUAACAUUGAACAAAAUGGUGAUGAAAGGAAUCCACGCAAAAGACCACGGCUAAAUUCUCCGCUAAACUGAAACUGUUAUGGAACUAUAGUUUACUGUUUGUGUUUUUCACACACCACUCUUAAAGUGUAUGCCCAUUUUGUAUACAUAUUUUUAUAUCACAAUAUUAGGUCAAAUUAUACUUUGAUACUAGAAACACAUUGGUUUUUUGUAUUUUGGGAAACAGUGCCAUUAGUACAAAACUUGUUUUAAUGACUUUGAUUUUGUGAAGUGUUAAUAGUAUUUAAAUGUAUGGGUUGCUAAUUGUGAACAAUUACAAAAUAAUUUUAAUUCAUUCCUUGUUGUUUGUGGAGUUUAAUAGUUCUAGAGCAAGUUAUGCAACUAGAAAACCACUCGUGUUCAAUUACUGCAUCAGUAUCAACUUUUAUUCAGUGUUACUAUGCUAGUACAAUGUUUGUUCUACAGUAAACAAAAUAAUUGAAAUUGCAAAUAUUCCAAAGUUGUAAAGAAUUUAACCUCAAUUGUAAUUCCAGAUUCUGAGCUGAAAAUUGUAGUAUUUUAUUUUAAAUAGAUCAUUAAGCCUAAAUUAGUUUAGCACUAAAUAAUUUUGUCAAUUUCUUGUAACGUUAGUGUUGCUAGUUGAAUAAUUUAAGUUAAAUUUAUAAAAGGUACUGAUUUAUAUUGUAAUGCAGACUCCACAUUACCUGCUUUAUCUGUUAAUCUCACUGAUUACUGGAAUAUAUUUAAUAUAAAACA